GUCACUUCUAACCUGUUAUAAAAACUCAUCAAGUCUCACUGUUUUGACAACUGUUCCUCAAGCAAUGGCUACCUUUUGGCUUGUGGUUGUACUGGCACAUGCUGUCUUGAUUGAUGAAGGGUUUUCUUUUCCAGCUGGCUCUACACAAGCUCAAUCUGAUACUGAGCUGAUGAAAAUGCCAGAUGUGUCUCCUGAAGAUCUUUCACUUAAGAGUGUUUUAGAACUUCUCCAGUCUUUGGAUUCUGUGUUGGUGCUACAUGCCAAAGAAGGUCUCCUGGCAGCAAAAGAAGUGGAAAUUGCUGUUGGCGUGGGAAAGGUUUCACUGGACAAACUCGACGGGCUCCAAACAAAGUUGGGCAGUCCUCACAAUGUGACGAAGAAUCUCCAGCAUGAUAUGAGAAAUGACCAUAAUGUGGAUCACAAUGUGAGCAACAGCCAUCAGCAGGAAAACAUGAGCUACAACCAAAAGAGUGACUCGAGUGACAAGGUGAGUCAUGGCCACCAGGACUAUACCUUGAGCAAAAACAUGAGCAGCAAGGGCCACCAGGAUGACUCUUUUAGCCACAACAUGAGCAGCAAGGGCUACCAGGAUGACUCGGACUACCAGAACGAUGCCGUUAGUCACAAGAAUGAUAACAUGAGCAGCAAGGGCCACCAGGACUAUGCCUUGAGCCACGAUCAGAUGAGCCAAAACCUGAGCAAGGGUCACCAGGAUGACACUUUUAGCCACAACCUUAGCAGCAAGGGCCACCAGGACUAUGCCUUGAGCCACGACCAGAUGAGCCAAAACAUGAGCAAGGGUCACCAGGAUGACUCCUUUAGCCACAACAUGAGCAGCAAGAACUACCAGAACGAUGCCUAUAGUCACAAGAAUGAUAACAUGAGCAGCAAGGGCCACCAGGACUAUGCCUUGAGCCAAAACAUGAGCAAGGGUCACCAGGAUGACUCCUUUAGCCACAGCAAGGGCUACCAGGAUGACUCAGACUACCAGAAUGAUGCCAUGAGCACAAGGUGCCACCAGGCCUAUCCCUUGAGCCACGACCAGAUGAGCCAAAACAUGAGCAAGGGUCACCAGGAUGACUCCUUUAGCCGCAGCAAGGGCUACCAGGAUGACUCAGACUACCAGAAUGAUGCCAUGAGCACAAGGUGCCACCAGGACUAUCCCUUGAGCCACGACCAGAUGAGCCAAAACAUGAGCAAGGGUCACCAGGAUGACUCCUUUAGCCACAACAUGAGCAGCAAGAACUACCAGAACGAUGACUUUAUUCACAAGAAUGAUAACAUGAGCAGUAAGGGCCACUAGAGGGACCAACUACCUGAAUGGGCCAUGAUGACUUGACAGAUGGUGUAUAGGUUAUUUGUAUGUGGUUUCAUUGCAUUAUUGAAGGCAUAGAAGUGCUCUAAAAUGUUCAUGUAUUUACUAAAUAAAACUCUUUACCUUGA